UCUGGAGAGAAUCAGAAACCUCCAGAUCAUAUCCCUCUUUUGUGCUCAUAUAUAAUCUCCCCCAGUCUCAUCACUUGGUGUACAUCUCUCUAUCUCUUCCUCUCUUGAGUCUUCUUCUGAAAUUAGCUAGCUACCUGAUCAAAAAGAAGAGAAAAGAAAAGAUGGGUAUGGUGGUGGUGAUCUCUCUGCCUUUUAUUCUGUUCACCAUACUGCUUGGUUUCGGGUGUUACUUCUUCGGAAGAGCGAGAGGCCGAAAGGAGGCGAUGACAAGUCCUCAAGUUUAUGGGGUGCCAACUCCACCACCAGGAGCUAAUAGCACUUCACACCCUUCAUCUCCUCAGCCACAUCCUUAUUUCAAACCAGACAACUCUGCCAAUGUUUAAACCUUCCUCUGUUCUUCAUCAAGCUAUAUAUUAUAUCUUGUGCUGUCCUUAGAAAAUGUGUGGUUUCUGUUGCUAAUUUAUUUUGUGUGAAUUUUUUAGCUAUGAUACUAGAAAGGGGGUGAAUCCCCCAAUUGAGCAUGUGGAUAAGUGGAUUGUUGUAUAUCUAUUUGUUGUGACUUGAAUCAAUAAGUGAUGGAAAAUUCAUUC